CAGAAGCAGUACGCAACGAUGAAGGUAGCACCUGCAGGCAUCCUCCUCGUCCUCGCAUUCGCCCUCGUGGUGGUCGAGCCAGCCCGUGCUUUCACUUGCAUCCAAGUCGAGACGUGCCUGACUCCGUGCCUCACGUACCUGACGGGGCAGCAGCCGGCGCCGACGCCGGCGUGUUGCGACGGUGUUCGGAGGCUCAAGAACAUGGGCAUCACCCCCGCCGAGCGCCAGUUCGCAUGCAACUGCGUGAAGCAUGCGGCGGCGCACUUCCCCAACCUGAAAGACGACGCGGUCAGCGACCUGCCGAGGCUGUGCGCCACGCCGCUUCCCUUCCCCAUCAGCUUGGAGUUUGACUGCUCCAAGUGA